UUGUUUAAAAUCAGUUUUAAGCGAUUGGACAUCGAAGGGGAUGACGAGUCCAACGACUGCCCCGACUACCUUAAAGUGUUUGACGGAGAUAGUUCUGACUCUCCACUUCUGACCACGCUCUGCGGAUCCGACUCUGAGGCUAAAUCCGUUCGCCUGAGAUCGUCUCGGAAUGCGCUCCUAAUUCAGUUCUUUACAGAUUAC